AUGUCCUCUUGGAAAAUCUCUUUCCCUACAACUCUCCGUCAAUUCAAGGAUGGUACCCCCACAGACGUUAAGACCCAUGUGCCUUAUACGGCUUUCAGCAGCGGGGAUUUGCUCGCUGAAGAAACGUCGAAGGUAGUCUCAUCAGGGGUGAAUGAUGAUUCAAGUGACAGCGUUUAUCAUGGGAAUAUUCCCACAGUCCUGGCAAUCAACCUCUCCAGUGACUACACGAAAGAACGGGAUGAAGUAUCUGAUGCAAAUGAUAAGAUUGAGUUGUCGAAUUACGGUUUGCGUCUGCCGUUCUGGACUGCGACAGCGAAGGAUGCGACUCUCUACAUUACCCCAAAGCUAAAGGAGACACCCUGCAUCUCAUCAUCCUUACCAGUGACAGCCUGUGGAGGUCUCGGCGAACCCUCGAGCUAUGACUACACCAAUGUUCCCAGUCUCCUUGAGACUUGGACAAUUCAGAACUUGAUUUCAGAUGAAGGCAAGCCCCAGCGCGCCUGGCUUCUUGUCCCCUUUCCGCUGUAG